CCAGGUCACGGUCAUGUUCUGAGCAUAAACAACUAGCGAAGAGCAAACACAUGGUAGACAUAAAUGUAUAUUUUUGAAAAAGAAAGAAACAGAAAAAUGGAACGACUAAUUUGGUUAUUCGCACUGCGUGUUUGGGCUGUCAUGGCUACACACCUCUCUCCUGUACCCUGCGAUGAUAAAAGCGUGAUGAAACUCGCCAGACUCGCUGUUAACUACAUCAACGAGGACAGACAAGAAGGAUACAAGUUUGCCCUCAACAGGCUUUUCAACGUCCAUGUUCAUCCUCAGGGUCCAGCUGGAAAGGUUUACUACCUAGACUUGGACAUCCUGGAGACCAAAUGUCAUGUCCUCAGCCGAAAAUCAUGGAAGCGCUGUGAUAUAAGGCCCUUUAUGGAAACACAAAUCUCUGGAAACUGCAACACUACCAUUCUACACACACCAGAUGGCCUCUCCUACCUCUACAGCUAUGACUGCACCCUUGUGCCAGACCCCCCUGAAAAGUUACAGAAGACAUGUCCAGACUGCCCCCUACUGUUGCCGGUUGAUAGUGACAGAGCCGUAUCCAGUGCUAAGAUCACACUGCGCAGCUACAAUGGUCAGAGCACUCUGCCUGUACAGCUAACAGUGGCCGCCAUAACCAGAGCCUCACAUCAGGCUUCUCCAGUUGCAGCCAGUUUUGUUGAGUACACUGUGCAGGAGUGCUCUGUGCCACCAGUGGAUGAGGCUUUGUGUGUGCCAGCAGCUGCAGGGAAAGGGCCCAUUGGUUUCUGUGGUGGGACAGUUUUUGGCACUGACGCUAUCCCAACAGACGUUAAGGUGUCCUGUGAAAUAUUUCACCCUCAGCGCACUUGGAAUUCUGUUGGCAGUGAUAUUGGCACAAAGCAGACUUUCCUGCCCAGCCCCCAACCAGAAGUGCUAUCUUAUCCUUCAGUUCUUGAGAGAGCUGUGCCUACUUUACAUGACACUAGUCCAGUCAUACAGAUAGACCCUGUUCAGCAACUUCUUCCACACACUCCUAAUCAAUUAUCCAGUGAAUCCAGCGAGUCUUCUUCAUCAGAGGAGAUUGCUGGUUCGGUUCGAAUUCUCAGGCCUCCACUGAACUUCCGCUAUGUGCCUUCGCGCCAGAGGAGAGAGGCAUCUGCGGCAACAAUCAAUCCCGUUUUCCUGGCCAUGUUCCCCAGCAUACCGUCUCCUUUCCGUUCCUGCCCUGGAGCAUCUCGCUAUACCACUGCGUAAAAAACUAUUCACAGUGUGGUCAUGACAAUUCAUACAAAACUGUAUGAAAGUUCAUAAACAGUUAUGAAUAGAUUUAGCAGACAGAGCUUCUUUUAGGAUAUCAUUUAAAAGGACCAAACAAAAUUGUGCCUAGUUCUUGAAAUUUGUACACAUUAUUUAGGAGAUUUCU